UCUUUUACAGCCAAGAAUAAGUGUAGAGUUGUUAUUCUUAUGUGGUUUGAUACUUCUACAUAAGCAAAAGAUCUUACAAUCUAAGUUUCUUUUAUUAUUCCAUCUAAUUCCUGUCAUCUUAUUUCGUACGUGUCAAUACUCAUGCUGCUAAAAUCUCAAACCCAAAUGGUUCUUAAUGCAAGAGCUCUGGUUUUGCUCCACAUUCUUGUCUGGUCAUUGCCAGAUACAUUUAGCCAGAGUUCUAGUAUCCUGAGCGAUAUCUCUUGCUUGAAAUCUAUUAGAGAUUCCUUGGAAGACCCUCUCAAUCACAUUGCCACUUCUUGGACCUUCAACAGCUCCACAGAAGAUUCUAUCUGUUGGUAUGUUGGGGUCAUUUGUGGGUACACAUUUGAGAAUAGGGUUCGAGGUGUACAUCUGGCCAACAUGGGGCUCAAGGGCAAGUUCCCUAGUGGCCUUGUGGACUGCAACGAACUUAUAAGCUUAGACCUUUCAGGUAAUGUAAUUUCAGGAUCAAUCCCACAUGAUAUCAAUGAAAUACUGUCGAAUUUAGAAGUGCUCGAGCUCUCAAACAAUAACUUGUCUGGAGAAAUCCCAUCGAGCAUGGGUGAUUGCUUUACUAUGAAGGUUGUUAAACUCAACAACAACAAGCUAUCUGGUCAAAUUCCUCAGCAACUCAACGAGAAUUUAGAAGUGCUCGAGCUCUCAAACAAUAAAUUGUCUGGAGAAAUCCCAUCGAGUAUGGGUAAUUGCUCUAAUCUGGAGGUUGUUAAACUUUGUUAA